AUGGCUAGAGACAUAUGGCAGCAUAGUCAAUAUAGGGGGUUAGUAGAGGAGGCUCCUACGGAGUCAUUUGCAAGCAGAUGGGUUUGGUUAGAUCAGAAGGUGCAGGGAGAUGGAAUCAACCAAAUAGCAGCUCUUAUAUGGGUUGUCUGGCGAUGCAGAAAUCUGUUCCUAUUCGAAGGAAUUCGAAGCAAUCCGAUAGUGCUGGCUGGGAACCUCUGCAAAUGGGUGGCUGACUACUGUACCUAUGCAAAAUGCGUGUUUUAUCCUCACAAAAGGGUGGGAGUCAAAAGCAAUAGUGAAUGGAUUCCCCCUCCAAGAGGUGUGCUUAAAUUGAAUGUGGAUGCGCACGUAGGUAGUGCAGGGAAGGCAGCUGUGGGUGUAGUGGGCAGGAAUGAGGAAGGAACUAUUAUAUUAACUGCUACCCAACCAAUUUUCCAACAGUCUCUAGAGAUUGCUGAAGCCGUUGCUGAUAGAUAUGGGAUGAUCAUUGCCAGAAGAUUUGGGUUUGAGAAUAUAUGGAUCGAGUCGGAUUCUCUCAACGUGAUAUCAACCAUCUCAUCUAGUUCGAAGGGUUAUGCCCCAAUCUUUAAUGUAUUUGAUGAUAUAAGGCAUUGUAGAGCUGGAUUUUAUAGUUGUAUUUUCUCUCACGCUAAAUGUAGUUGCAACACUGUUGCUCAUCUUGUUGCUAGGGACUUUACAGGGGAUCACACAAAGCUCAUACGCUUUGACUCUUUCCCCCAAAGCAUUGUAUCUUUAGCGAAGAUGGAUUUACCGAAUUAA